AUGGAUAGUACAUACGACUACCCAUUUUUAACGCGUGGUCAAUUUGAACUUGCGGCGAAAGCUUUUGUUGGACAGUCACUUAAAGCUGGUGAAGAUCAACCUUGGGCUUGGAUUGAACACGAGAAAGUAAAAAAUUUUGGAUAUUUAUCGCAAAAAUCCGUGGCAAGACGUAUUUUUACCAUUGAGGAGAAGGAGGACUCUCUAAUUUCAAUUCACGAGGAAGACGGUGGAUUUGCUGGAUACGAAGAACCAGAUGAUCCAAGUGCGAUUCCUCCUGCAUCAUCAAUCUCACCAAUAGCACAAAACAUACAAUCUCCACAAAAUGAUAAUUCUUCGGAUCAAGAUUACUUGACAAUUGAUUAUCAUAUACUUUAUUCCCCAACGUAUAAAGUACCUGUUUUAUAUUUUAACACGUAUAAUGCUGACGGUAGUAUACUGAAACUUGAUCAAUUAUAUACAACUCUCAUCGAGUCUUCGCGUCUCAACGAUUUACGAACGGCGGGAUUCAAUGGUGGAUUAUCACAACAAGAUCAUCCGACACUUCAACUCCCAUUUUUUUUUCUUCAUCCAUGUGAAACUGCCACACUAAUGCGAACUAUUGCACUCGCUCCACCUUCAACUGUCGGUGAGUCCGAUUCUCGAGGGACUAACAAUAAUGUAAAAAAAGAAUUUGCAGGAAUCCUACCAGUUGAAGGGUAUAUAAGAAGUUGGCUGAGCUUGGUUGGCCCGGUCGUUGGUACAAAGCCGUUAUUCCAUCAUUUGACUACUGCCACCACCAUCCUAUUAGCAUACCGACCUACCCGGUUGUUGUCUGUGUCGCGGACUCCAUUAAAAUACCACCUUUUCCGAUUGUCGGAAAAAAUUGCUGCUGCUUUCCUUAAAUUCAACAUUUAUAUAGCGACACUCUACCAACAUGGGUGGAACAGUUUCGAAAGGGUUAGCAAAGAUCUUUGGAAACAAAGAAAUGCGCAUUCUUAUGCUCGUUAUGGAUGUUGGUGCGAAAAUGUCCUUAUUACGAAUGUAUCGGUACUCGUAAUCGCUGCAUUCUGUAAGGCAACGCACGCCAUCCUUUAUAAACUAAAGCUGAAUCAGUCGGUAACGACUAUUCCGACUGUUGGUUUCAAUGUGGAAACCGUAACAUACAAGAAUGUCAAAUUCAAUGUUUGGGAUGUAGGUGGACAAGAUAAGAUUCGCCCACUAUGGCGUCACUAUUACACCGGCACGCAGGGUCUAAUUUUUGUUGUUGACUCGCAGGAUCGUGACCGAAUAGAUGAAGCACGUCAAGAGUUACAUCGAAUUAUUUCAGAUCGUGAGAUGCGGGAUUGUUUACUAUUAGUUUUUGCGAAUAAACAAGAUUUACCAGGAGCAAUGUCUCCUGCUGAAGUUACUGAGAAACUUGGUCUACAUCGUAUGAACCAAAGGUCUUGGUACGUACAUCCUUCAUGCGCGACCAGUGGAGAGGGUCUUUUCGAAGGAUUGAAUUGGCUAAGCCAGAACGCCAAGGCAAAAUAA